AUGACUUCUCUUCAUUUUGUCGUCCAUCCAUUGCCAGGAACUGAUGACCAACUUAAUGACAGACUAAAAGAAGUUGCUGAAAAAAUAAGCCGGCAUGGUUUCACUAGUCCACCUGCUCUUUCAGCUUUACGCAAUUUAGUUAUUGUACAGUGUGCUUUGGGACCCAAUUAUGUUGCUCUGUUAUUGGAGGACAGUAGAGUGUGUCGGGUGCCAUUCAACGUUCUCAAUGAACGAUUGGACCUAAACAAAAAUGACAACAAAACGAAACCGGAUAAAAGUGAAAAGACAGAUCGAACAGCAGCACGCAGUAACACUUUUGUUGUGGAAAGUCCUUUAGUAUUGGUGUCUGAUGCUUUGGGAUCGUCAACUUCCCAGUCUUCUGGCCGAUGGGGCUCUGGUUCAUCAAAUUCUGCUUCACGUAGCAACAGCAGCAACAACAAUAAUAAUAACAAUAACAACAACCAACAAGGUUACAAUCGGAUGGCCAGAGCUGUUGUGAACAGAGGUCGCAGAUCAGGUGUUAUUGUUGGAGCUAGACCUUUAGUUCCUGCAUCUGUGGUUCCUGAGGAACUUAUUAAUCAGUGUCAGGUUGUAUUACAAGGAAAAUCGCGCAAUCUGAUUAUCCGUGAACUUCAAAGAACAAACUUAGAUGUCAACCUUGCAGUGAACAAUCUUUUGAGUAGAGAUGAUGAGGGAGAAGAUAAUGAUGAGGACAGUCAGGAUUCUUAUAUGCCAGUGCGUUCAUCUGUUUCAGAUGAUCUGAUCUCACUAUUAGAUGCUGGUGCUGAUCACCCGAGUGUGGUCAUCGAUGCUGAUGUCAUGUUCAAUGAAGACAUGUUUGGAUAUUCGUCACUGCGAAACAGAGGAUCAGGAGCUCGCUCUAGACUUGCUGGUGAGAGAGAACGUGAUAUUGAUCGUGACCGAGAUCGGGAAUCUAUCUUCCGAAUUAGAGAUCGCAGACGAUUAAUGGAAAGCUCACUGCGGGAAGAAAGCAUGAAAGCACUAGACAGCAAAAGUGACUCUUCCAUUGGUGAGAACAAGAAAACUACAACAAGUCCUCCGCCAAGUCCUUUAGUUUUUGGUGAAGAUUUGCAGUUCUGGACUGAAAAGGAUGGUAGUUUCCCACGAUUUUCUCACAUAGCAGCUAUGCACUCUGAACUUGUAGCUGUCAGUACAAAUGGUCAACUCUAUGGCUGGAAGUGGUCAGAUUCAGAGCCUUAUCGAAGUCUUGAGAAUGCCUCUAACCAUCAUCCAAAAGCAGCAGCUCUGGGACUGACCGGUGAGAAGAUUGUUGGACUUUCAGCCUGUUCAGUGCGAGCAUCUGUGUUUUUAGAAUCUGGGAAAGUGGCUACUUGGGUGGAUGACAGCCUCAAUAUUGUAGCUGCCAAGUUGGAGCACAUGGCACAGACAUUCCCUGAAUUUCAAACUGACAAAAUAGUCUCUUUACACACCUGCUCUCUUUACACUUGUGCUCGGUUGGAAAGUGGGGCUCUUUACUGGUGGGGUGUGAUGCCAUUUGGCCAAAGGAAAAAAUUGUUGGAAAAAAACAAAUCUAAGAAGAAAAAAAACAAGGACAACAAUGUAAGCAGUGAAGUUGUAGCUGGGUCUUUGGUGUGUCUUCGUAACAGUCCAAUGUAUCAUUCUGGUGCAUUGGGAUUCACUACAAUAGAUGGUGUACCUAAAGUGGGUCAGCUAAUUGAUUCUGCCUGGUCUUUGAAUGACACUUGUCGGUUUAAGAUCAUCAGAGCUUCUGUGAAUGAUACAAAAGUGGAGACCAAAGUUGAAAACAAGAGCUCGGACAGCAAACCAGAUAUGCCACCACCUCCAUCACCUGCUUCCUCGACUUGUAGUGAUCAUAGCGGCACUUCUAUCGUCAGUCCUGUAUCACUAAAGCGCAAGAAAACUCCUACGCCAGUUAAGGAAAUGGAAAAGAAAGAUGAAGAAAACUGGCCUUUAAAAAAUGUAAUAUUUGUUGAAGACAUCAAGACUGUGCCAAUUGGAAAAGUAUUAAAAGUUGAUGGUGCCUAUGCUGCAAUAAAAUUCCAACAGAAAGAUGCUGAUCAGAUGGGCUCUGCGUCCAAAGAAGAUCCUUCAGCCGUACUUCAAGACUGUCGACUUUUACGUAAGGACGAAUUACAGGUACUCCGUGGAUCAAGUGCACCCAGGAUACCAGAUUGUUUUCAGAAGAUUCCAAAGAAAGUGACCAUUGUAGAAAAUGGGCAUAUUCUUGCUGUUGCUGUAGACUGUGAAGGAAUCCAUGUGAUAGCCAGGUCUGGUGCUCGGCUCAGCUAUAUGGUGUACAAUCUUAGCUCGGGGAAAGUGGAACAAAACAGCCCCUUUCCAACUGACACUCAGUCUUUUCUUGGAAACUUUGACCGCCCAAUCACCUUGCACAACAGUGGGGAAGAAUCACCUGUUUUAUUACGUGAUGGCUGUGGCGCUAUUUAUCCACUAGCUAAAGAUUGUACAGAUGGUAUAAGAGACCCUUUGUGGCUGGACUUGCCACCUGUCCGAUGCCUUAGUGUCAGGGCCCAGUGUCUUGCCAAUGUUGCUAGUAAUAUGAAAAACAAAGCGGUUAUCAUUGUUCUUGCUGUUGAACACCAGACUUUGAUUCCUCAUAUUCUUAGAUGUGAUCUUGAGAAAGUUAGAUCUAUCAUGAGUUCCUUGGAGCCUGGACAUUCUCCUUCCACUUCGACUAGUAGCCAACAGAGUCAGCGAGCUGUACAUGAAAUUCUGAGUGAAAGGUGUGAUGGCAGUCGAAACAUUCUGCACACUUGUGUUGCAGUCUGUGUCCCAUCUUCCAAUAAGGAUUGUGAAUUAGAAUCAUCCACACCAGGUAGCUAUAAUCCUUGCUUGGAUACCUUCAAUGCAGUCAGUAGUGCUGUUGAGACGCUUGCUUCUAUUCAGGCUCGGGGGGCUGACCCUACAAAUCGUGGUGUCACUCUUCGAGAGAUGAUGAGAAGGGCUUCAACAACUGCUCGAGCUGUCAGUGGUCUUGAUGUGCGGGAGUCAGAUUCUAUUGCCAUACCUACUCUAAGUUGGCCUGCAGAUCCUCCUGUCUUUGAUGCCCUUAGGGCAGAUAAUGAACGUCCAAGUUUGUCCAGACAAUCUUCUAGUGGCUUCUCAAGUGCAGUGGGUAGCAUACCAGAAUACAGCACAACCUCAAUGCCUCCUGUGAAAUUGGAAGAGAAAGAAAGGAAGUCAAAUGCACUCCAAAUCUUGAAAUUACUUUGUGAAAGUCCUGCUUUACACCCACACUUGUUAGAGCUACUCUCUGCAAAGAAUGCAGAAGGAUGUACGCCAUUUAUGCAAGCUGUAUGUGGCCGGGCAUACUCUGCUGCCCUCUUACUCUUGGAUAUUGCCAAGAAAGUCGCCUUAAAGGAUAAAGAAGUGGACAAAAAUACUUUAAUGAUUGGUUCUCUAUGCUGCUGUACAGAAUGUGCCAGGGUUUGUCAUAAAGGACAUGACUGCAAAUUAAAAAGAACUUCACCAACUGCAUACUGUGAUUGCUGGGAAAAAUGCAAGUGUAAAGCCUUGAUUGCUGGUAAUCCUGCAGCACGACUUGAGCUGCUAAAUAAACUUUUAUCUGAAACUGAUUUGGUAACACACCCCAACAGCAGAGGUGAGAAUAUUCUAUUAUUUCUUGUCCAAACUGUUGGACGUCAACUUAUUGAGCAAAGAGCCUGCCGGCCAGCUAGAACCAGAAUGGGAGGUCCACGCAAAAAUCCAGUGUCUGAGAUUGCUGAUGUAGAAAUGCCAGAACAUGAUUUGGAACCACCUCGAUUCAGUAGGCAGGCUCUGGAGAAAAUCCUUGAAAAUUGGACUGCUGUCAAAGCCAUGUUGCUUUGUGGAAGAAAAGAACACUCCUCUAGUCCUGAUGUCCUGUAUGAAGAACAAAUGUAUUUAGAAAGCCAAGGAGGCACUGCUAGGCUGGACAAAUUUACUCACAGUUUGCUACUAAAAUGUACUGGAGUUGAUAUGCUGGAUGCCUUGUUGACCACACUGAUUCGUGAAAUUCAAAAUGACAACAUUGAAGGAAGGAAAGCAGAAGCCAAACAAGUGGCAAGAAGAUUUCUGAGAUCUGUAGCCCGGAUAUUUGUCGUUCUCAAUGUUGAAAUGGUACCACUAUCUGGCAAAAGGAGAAGCACUGGGACCAUUCCAUGUCAGGCAAUUUACAAAUGUAAACGUGCAUUCCAAGCCCUAAUUAGCAUUGCUAUUGAAGAGCUGUGUGAAAUUGCCAACUCUUUGAUUGCUCCAGUACGCAUGGGAGUUGCACGCCCCACAGCUCCUUUUAACCAACUCAGCGCUAGCAUUGAAGCUAUUCAGGAGCAGGUUGAACAGUCUCGGAAAAAUAGCCAGAGGCAGCGGAAUCAAUGGGGUAGUGAAGAAAUUUUUAGUGUUGAUCCAUUACCUCCUCGCCCAUCCUCAGCUGAUCAUCACUCUCAGCCUAUGGCUUACAUUCCACGCAGUGGCUCACCUCAGCCCAUGGAACAAGGAGAACGUACUAGAGAGAGAGAUGAAGAUGAAAUGAUUUCAGGAGAUGUAGAAGAAGUGGAAGUUGUAGAAGGAUUAGUUGGAGAUGAGGACCAGUCAGAUCGUCAUUCUGAGAGAGAGGAAGAGCAUCAGUCGGACCAUUCUGAUCAAGAACAGCCCCAACAGGAGCAGGAUGAAGCUGGUGGAGAAAGUGACAUGGAUUUGGACUUGCUUGCAGAGUCUGAAAGUGAUAGCGAGAGUAGCCACAGCAAUCAGGAUAAUGCCAGUAUUCAGCGGAGUGCAGUAACGGCAGCCACUGCUGGUUCUGAUGCAGGUCUUGGAAGUUUAGCUUAUUUUUCUGAAGACUCUGGGGAAUCAUCCAAUCAAGAUGAUGAUGACGAAAGUGAAGCAGCUGAAAGUGAGGAACCAGAUGCUGAUGAGUUGCCUUAUCCAGACGAGCAGUUGGAACGUCGUAGCAAUGCAGGUUCUCAUGGGCAGCGCACCCUUCAAGCUCCUCAGACAAUGCAGUGGGCUAUUCGACAGAGAGAACCACCUGCCAAUCGUACCCAAGCCAGCACUGGCAAUACUUCUACUACAGGAACUUUACUUCGCGCAGGUGGUAGUGGGUUGAUCUAUAUCGACCCAUCUACAUUCCGUCGCACACCUACAGUCACGGCCAGUACCAAUGCAAACCAGGAAUGUGUUGUCACCAUGGCAACCACGGCCAGCCAGCUUGCGCGAGCUUUUGGAAUUGUUGUGCGUCAGAUUGCUGAUUUAAUGGCUAUGUUACAAGAUUAUCAUACUUUGGCACCAAACCUACGUAGAGUCUUGGAAGUAACAGAACAAGAUGCAUUAGAUCAACAGUAUUAUCUGAAUCGUCACUUGAAACCCACCUGGGAUUGGUUAAUCACAGUCAUGGAUUCUACUGAAGCACAAUUGCGAUUUGGCUCUGCUCUUAGCAACAGUACGGAUCCUGCCAGUCCUAGUCAUCCAUUGCAUUCAAAUUAUGUCAGAAAUCUUCGUGAACGGUCAAGCCGUGAGGAGCAGAGAGUUUCACAAGUUUUGGACAACAGACGAAGGACACGCUUUGGAACAUUAACUGCUUCAGAUGGAAACUCAGCUCGUCGAGACUUCCUGAACUAUGCCUUGUCACUGAUGCGAGCUCAUAAUGACGAACAUUCUGACAGCCUGCCUGUCAUUGACAUUUCUGCACUUCGGCAUGUUGCUUAUGUCUUUGAUGCUUUGAUUUACUUUUUAAGGAGUGGCACCGACACAGACACUGAGGUGUUGAGGGAUGGUAUCUCUGUUCACUCCUGGCAAGAUCAUGAGCUUAAUGACAAUGAGGAGCAUGAUGAUGAUCCCGUCAAUAGCGUUGCUCUGGAUUCAGAAAGUGUGGAUGGAGACAGUGAUGUUGGUGGUCGAACAGGAAGAAAGCAUCCUUUCUUCCAAAGGUCAGAUUCCACCAUCUUUCUUGGCUGCCCACCACCCGAUCCUUUCAGUAUCCCCUUAGUUGAAGCACUUCCCCUGGCAGAUUUGCCUCAUUUGCUUCAGCCCAAUUCUCGCCGUGAGGAUCUGUUUGGUAUUGCACGACAGGCCAUUCAUCAUGGGGAGACGGAGGAAUCUAGCAAUGAUGCUGCAGCUGCCACUGGUUCCAGUGGUGGUCUUGGCGGGAUUCUUUCAUCUAGCCCAUUUGAGAAAAAAAUGCCUGUACAUUUGUCUUUAUCGUUACGCCUUCAAGAACAGCAGAAUGUCUCUGCUUCCACGGUUGAAGCUUCGACUUCAACAUCAGAGAGGCAAGAAACUGCAAGCACCAGCGUCAUCGUGAAGCCUGCAGGACAGGCAAUGAUGGUGGUCAAUACAACCACCUCAGCCGGCUCGUCUUUCUCUUCGGCUGUCUCCUCUUCAUUGGCUACAUCCUCAGCUACAACCACUACAAUAGCCUCUAACAUAAUUGAUGUGGCAACUGCUGCCACUGAAGCAGUUAAUGCAUUGAUCGCCCCCACUGGACCGACUCCAAUGGACACAUCAGAUGUGGAUGCACGGUCUCAACAGACUGUCCUACAGUCAAUUUCGGCUGCUGCUUCGGCAUUGAAUUCGACCCCUCAAUCUGUAAAGCAGGAGGUUAUUUCUCUAUCUACUCAGCAGCAGCAGGCUAGUGUAAUAGUUCAUGCCAGUUCAGCCCAGGGUGGCACUAGUGCUCCUCCUGUUGCGCCAUUAUCAGCCUCGUCUAACUUGCCAACAGGACCCUUGUUCACCUCCUCCAAUUCCAGUGUAGGGGGCUCUGCCAUUGCUGGCAAUACCAGUGUUGGUAAUGCCAGUAGUGGCAGCAGCACCAGGGUGGUUGUUGUAUCCUCAGAUUCUAUUGAAAUGGUUGCUGCUCCUCAGAGUGCUGUUUCCCAGGUUUCUGCUUCUAUUCAAACCGGUCUUGGUAGUGAUGGUGCUCAAGCACCUGCCGUAGUACCAUCAGCUAGUACUGGUCAGCCAUCAUCUUCAUCCAGUGUUGCAGCAGUCACUCCCAUAGCUUCUCAGUCAAGUUCAGGACUUGCAAGUGCAUCGACAUCAGACCCUCCUGUUGUUAUUGCAGACAGCAAUAUGCUGCAGAUUGUUCCUGGUACUUCGGAUGCUCAAGUUGACUUGGUUGGUGCCAAUGAAAAUGUCUCCAAUACGGUUGUCAUUGAAACUUCUCGAGCUCCAACUUCAGGAGCUGCAUCCAGAACUCAGAACUUGAUUGGUCAACAAGUAUCACAUGAUAUUUUACUUGGAAGAUGGCGUUUGUGUUUGGAUUUAUUUGGAAGAGUAUUCUGUGAUGAUGUUGGUGCAGAAGCUGGAUCUGUGAUACAUGAAUUGGGUGGAUUCCCAGUAAAAGAAAGCAGAUUUCGAAGAGAAAUGGAGAAAAUCAGAAAUUCUCAACAGAGAGAUUUGUCUUUGGAGGUGGAGCGUGAUCGAACCUCUCUGAUAACACAAACCUUUAAACAACUGAAUACUCAGUUUAACCGUCGGACCAAUGCCACUGGACCACCUUUGGCUGUGCACAAAGUGAAAGUUACUUUCAAAGAUGAACCUGGAGAAGGAAGUGGAGUUGCUAGAAGUUUUUACACUGCUAUGGCUAAUGCUGUCCUCACAUCUGAAAAAUUGCCAUCUUUGGAAGGGGUACUUGUUGGAGGUAAAAGCUUACAGUACAACUUGAUACAGCGACUCCGGUCUCGUGAAAGAGAGCGGGAGCGUAUGCGGUCUGCAUUACAAAGACGCACGAGAGACACCAGACGUACUCUCUCAUAUGAUGCUCCUCCAUUUUACAUGCCUUCUGACAGCAGUACCAGUAGUAGUGGGGGUGGAGCUGGUGGUGGUAGUGGCAGCAGUGGUGGAGGAGGAGGCGGUGGCAGUGGUGGUGGUGCCGGCAGGCGAAGCAGCAGUAGCAACAAUGACCAGCCAACCUCGGAGAAUGAUAGCUCUUCAAAUUACAGACGCCAAUUAGGUGAAAGACUUUAUCCAAAAGUCAGAGACUUGCAGCCAUCAAUGGCUGCAAAGAUCACUGGGAUGUUACUGGAAUUGUCUCCGGCCCAAUUAUUGCUUCUGCUAGCAUCAGAAGAAUCACUCCGUCAACGUGUUGAUGAAGCAAUGGAAAUUAUCCUCUCUCACAACAACCGUGACAUGAAUCCAGAGAACCUGCUUGACUUGGAUAUCUUCAAUUUAACUGCUGACAAAAAUAAAAAGUCCAAUAAUGUUGAGCGUCGCAGUGACGUUGAUGAAGAGGAAGAUUUAGAAGACAAUGCACCGUUAUUUUGGCAGCCUGGAAAGCGUGGCUUUUAUUCCCCCCACCCAGGGAAAAGCUCACCAGAACGGCUCAAUGCCUUCAGGAAUGUGGGAAGGGUUAUUGGUUUAUGCUUGUUACAGAAUGAGAUGUGCCCCUUGUUCCUCAAUAGACAUGUGAUCAAGUACAUACUUGGUCGUAAAAUUGGGUGGCAUGACCUUGCCUUCUUCGAUCCUGUUAUGUAUGAAAGCUUACGACAAUUGGUUGUUGACUCUGAAACAAAAGAUGCUUCUCUAUUAUUUGCUGCCCUUGACAUGAAUUUUUGUAUGGAACUUUGUGCCGAAGAGGGUGGUGAGACUGUUGAAUUGAUAGCUGGUGGUGCUGAUAUUGAAGUCAAUGCACAAAAUGUCCAUGAUUAUGUGCGCAGGUAUGCAGAGUAUCGUAUGGUCAAAGUUGCUGAAAAAGCUUUAAAGCACCUUAAAUUGGGUGUCUUUGAUGUCAUUCCUGCCAAUUCCUUAGAUGGAUUAACUGCUGAAGACUUCCGAUUAUUACUAAAUGGAGUUGGAGAUAUUAAUGUACAGACGCUCAUCAGCUACACAUCCUUUAACGAUGAAAGCGGUGAAAGCAGUGAGAAAGUUCAACGUUUCAAGCGAUGGUUUUGGUCUGUUGUUGAAAAAAUGAACAACCAUGAAAGGCAAGAUCUAGUAUACUUUUGGACAUCGAGUCCAGCUUUGCCAGCCAGUGAAGAGGGAUUCCAACCAAUGCCCAGCAUAACAAUCCGACCUGCAGAUGAUGACCAUUUGCCCACAGCCAAUACCUGCAUCUCUCGUCUAUACAUCCCACUGUACUCAACAAAAGCCAUUCUUAGAAGUAAAGUUCUUCUAGCCAUAAAGACCAAGGCCUUUGGCUUUGUUUGA